AUGAAGGAGAAACUACCAAGAUAUUUGAAGAAAGCCCAGACCAUUUGGAAAAUUGUUUGGGAGCUGGUGCUCCGGUUCCUAGAACUGCAUAUCUCAAAAAUUCUGCUUCUAUCUGUUUUCCUCCUGUCUGGGCAUGAUGUUUGUGCCUGCCAUGCUGUGCUGACUGUUUUGGCAGUUGUUGGUGCCUUACUUGGAGCUCAUGGGCGGAUCAUCGUUUCGCACUGUGUUGCUGUAUUCAUCUCCAUUCUACUGAUUGUGCGAAUGAUAUACCAAAUUGAUUACAUUGAUGCCAAUGGUUGGACUGUCAAUUGCACUGAGAAGAUUCCUCAAAAUUUGACUGAGGAUUUACCUGUUGAGAAGAAUGUGACGCAGAAUAACGCUGCCUGGAUGGGCUUCAUCAAAGUCUCUUCUCUUCCCAGCUACAUCAAGGGAUACAUUGGUGUGGUGCUAUGUUUGAAAUGCAUCUGCCAGGACAAGAAGACCUUCGAGAAACAAUCGGAGAUCAUGUCUCGAAUACUCCUCACUCGUGGAUAUGAUCCUUCUGUCAUCAUGGAUGCCAUAGGAAAAGUCAACGGGAUUCCUCGAGAACAACUCCUUCAAUACAGAACGAAAGAUAAGAAUGACACUGCCGGCUUAAGCGAUGAAACCAGCAAAAAAAUAUUUUCUCAUCCUCCACUAACGGCCUUCCGCCAACCGAACAACUUGCGGAAACUUCUCGUGAAUGCCUCCCAUCCAGACUGGAAGAACAUCAAGAAAGGCGGAGCUCCUUGUGGAAAACCGCGAUGCCAAAUUUGCCCUCAUUUCCAGAACGAAGAUGGCAAGUACAACUGUGACUCAAGCAAUGUUGUUUACACCAUCGAUUGCAAAAGAAAUGUUCCAGAACUGGCUGUGGCUCAACAUUUUGCUGCACAACCCCAUACGUUGUCUGACUUGAGGGUUGACAUCGUGUCUGGAGGUUCCAAAUUAAAAAAUGGGAAGGAUCGAAGGCUCUGUGAACUAGCUCACAUCAUCAAAUGGAAGACCCAUACAAGAGGAUUGAACAAGGACAUCGGAUUUCUAUCUUCCUAUCCCUUCUUCUCCACCCUCAAAUUGGUUACUGUCAAUGAGAAUCUCAUUUCUGCCUCUGAUAUGAUCAACUACCUAUAUUUCACAAGUAAACCAGGCAUACUGGUGGUUCUGACUCUCCAGGCAGUAGUGCAUAUUCGUCAGAGCUAUCAGCGUUACAACUUGGGAAAGGAAGUUCCACCACCUGGUGUUGUGUUUGCAAAAGUGGGGAGGAUUCAGGCAGAUGAUGGCCUCUUUUGCUGUCUUCAGUUCCUUUUCAAUCAUGGGUUCUACAAGUUUGGUGUAGAGAUAUGUAUGAUCACAAUUGUGGCUGUUAUUGGUGCACAUUUGGAUCUGUAUGGAGUUAUUUAUGCCCUCUGGUUGAGUGUUAUGGUUAUCAUGCGUCGCCCAAUGUUAUCUGUGACAUGGAAGGUUUUUGCCAUAUUUCUCGCUCUCAUUGUUCCACUCCAGUAUGCAAUCUGUGUUGGUCUUCCUCCAGGACUUUGUUUGGACUAUCCAUGGGAUGGAGUUCUUCAGCAAGAGCUAAUAAAAUGGCUGUAUUUACCAGAUUAUAUUCAUCCACCAGAUCCAACCAUCAUCAUUGCUGACUGUGUUCUCCUGUUGAUGGUGAUAAGCCAGUUGGAAGCUUUUCGGCUAGAAUGUGUUCCUGGUUACCCUGGAGGAAGUAAUGAUGAAAUCACAAAGCAAGACCUAUCACCCUCCAACAAUCCUGUUCCUGAUUUUGUCACCUACACAAAGUCCUAUUUGGACAUGCUGAAAGUGGCCCUGUUCUUCUCCUUCUUCUGGAUAUCGCUAGCAGUUGUGUUUCUGGCUGGAACUUACAGAGUGUCUCUUUUUGCCAUGGGGUAUGUGAUAGGAACAUUUCUUUUCCUCUGGUAUGGAAACACCUUCUAUCUGAAACCCUUGCCCACCAUUCUACGGAUGUGGAAUUACCUCAUCCUCUACAAUGUCUUUGUGAUCUUGAUCAAAGCUGUGCUGCAAGUUGUUGGGUGUGUCUUCCUAGAGGAACUAUACAAAAAACAUUGUGGAGUUGUCCAGGUGUUUGGAAUUGUCUGCUUGAAGAAUGUAGGUGGCAGUGCUGAGGAUAUACUCCCCAAUGGAGAAAGUCAGUGCUUGGAGCCAACUUCUGAAGCAGGCUUAUUGUGGGAUGGGAUCUGCUUGGCAGUACUCUUAUUGCAAAGGAAAAUAUUUCGUUCCUUCUACUUUCAACAUAUUGUUACUGAUAUGAAAGCACAGGCACUGCUUGCAUCUAGAGGUGCUGAGUUGAUAUCAGAAAUCAUGAAGAAAGAGAUUGCAAUCCAAGAAAAACAGGAGAAGGAGCUUCUGGGAAAGAUAAAGAUGAAGAUGGAAGAAAUCAAAGCAGUCAAUCAAAGGCUACCAGGUGGGGAAAGGGAACCCAAGGAUCAUUAUGAUGGAGAUCCCAGUUCUUACAGCAUCCCUUACCCAAUUGCUCCUUCUAUGAGCCCUCCCCUGGAUAGGAAGCCUUCCCUCUCCCCUGCCAAGCAGCCCUCUCCACUUUUGUCACUUUCCUCAAAUGCAGUGACCUUCUCCUUGGAUGGGUUCCAUGAACAGCCUCCCUCUUUUGAUACCACAAACCUCUCCUCUGAUCCACCUCCUCACUCUGAGGAUUCCUUCCCUUUGUUUUCUCCUCCCCUCCCUUUUCCUGGCAAACGGGAUUCCUGGCCCUACCGACUCGCUUCCUCUCGACAGGGCCACGCCAUCAGAUCUGGUGACUACUGUAUGUUUGAAGACUUUGAGGAGGAAGCUAUAGUGGAGAUCAAUGCAAAAAACAAAGAUGACUUUUUUCCUCUUCCUGCUGUACCUGGAAUGACCCUUUCUCAGCUGUUGAGUUCUGCCAUGAAAAAUGAUUUGGAGGAUGCACUGCAAGAAGCAAAGAAGAGGAGAAGCACUGAGAGCUUCAUAACCCCAUCUAUUCAACCUUCUGAUGAUGGUGAAGCAGAUGAUUCAAGGACUGUAGAGAAACCAGAUGACGAGGGAGAGCUACCAACUACACCAGACGAUGUUCCUGAUCUACCCAAGGAGGAAUCCAAAGAAGCUGAGCCUUUCAUGCAAAAGGCACAUAGGUAUCUUCGUUUCAUAUGGGAGGUGGUGGAGAGUGCAAUGGUGAGUGCCACUAACUACCUAAAUCGAAUAUCUGCUGACUAUCGAUUUCUUGCUUCCUUGUCCUUAAGGGAUCAGAAUGAGGUGGCCAUCAGAGUUGAAAGACCAUCUGAAGAUCGACUUGAUACUCUUGUUCCAGGAGAUGAGAACUGUGAUAUUAUGAGUGAGUUUCCUGAGCCAACUUCUGAUGCAAUGGAUCCACAGUUUGAAAAACAGCAAUAUCCUGUGAUCAGGCUUCUUGUAGCCUGCUGGUUUGUCCUCAUUUCUCGCUCUGAGCUCCUGUGCUACAUUAUGAUGUGUGUUGUGAUACUCAUCAAGUAUGCCUUCCAGUUCAACUUCUGGCCUUGGACUAAUGAUCUCAGGUUUCAAGAUCCAUUCUGGGCUCCAAGAAUUGUUGGCAUUGAGAUGAAGCCCAAUUAUGCUGUUUAUGAUCUGAUCCUUCUCCUAGUUCUGUUCUUCCAUCGCUUCAUGCUGAAAAGUUUGGGCUUAUGGAAGCAAGGGGUAUUCAAGGAAGAAGAAACCAGAAAAGAAAAUGUGGAAUCUUCAUCUUCAUCAGAUGUAUCAAUCGAUUAUGGUGCAGGUGGUGAUGCUCCAAUGACUCAGGACAAAAAGUCUCAUCGAGUGAAGCUGAAGGAUGCUUCAAGUAUUUGUGCGAAGAAGACAUCUUCUCCCUUGGUGAAAUUCAUCAAACAUAUCCUCCAUCCACCAUACAGAGUGACUGUUGAUGUAUAUGCCUCCAUGUUCAUCUGUGAUUUUGUCAAUUUUCUUGUCAUUGUCUUUGGAUUCUCAGCCUUUGGUGGUGGGUCAUCUGAUGGGGUCAGUUCAUACCUCCAGGACAACAAAGUUCCUAUCCCCUUUCUCAUCAUGCUGAUCCUUCAGUUCGCAUUGAUCGUGGUUGAUCGUGCCUUGUAUCUAAAGAAAUCCAUUCUUGGAAAGGUCAUCUUUCAAGGAAUUCAAGUCAUUGGAGUUCACUUAUGGAUGUUUUUUGUCCUUCCAGCAGUUACUGACAGGACUUUUGGAAGCACUCUCCCUCCACAAAUAUGGUACUUUGUCAAAUGCCUAUACCUCCUCUUGUCUGCCUACCAGAUUAGAAGUGGCUAUCCAACACGCAUUCUGGGCAAUGUCCUAUGUAAAAAGUACAACUAUUUGCACCUCUUUCUCUUCAAAGGGUUCAUGGCUAUUCCAUUCCUCUUUGAAUUGAGAGCAAUCAUGGACUGGAUGUGGACUCAAACAUCAAUGUCUUUGUUUGAUUGGCUGAAGAUGGAAGAUAUCUUUGCUAAUACUUUCCAACUAAAGUGUCAACGAAAAGCUGAAGCUGAGUACCCACUUGAGCGGGGGAAAGGAAGACCAGGAAACGUCAAGUAUGGACUGGGAGGGGCGUGCCUAUUUGGAAUCAUUGCAAUCAUCUGGUUUCCUCUGGUCCUUUUUGCACUUGGAAACACUGUUGGCAUGCCAAAUCCUCCAUAUGAUGUUACUGUGGAAAUCAGUAUUGAUGCAUAUCAGCCACUUUUCCAGAUGUCAGCUCAACAUGGCUCACUAAUACAACUAUCCACAUCCUCAGAUGUGGUAGGUAAGGCAGGAGGAGAUCUGACAGUGCCUCUGGUACUUGGGAGUGAAGCCCGUAUGAACCUCACUUUAGCUCUGAACAGAACUCUGGAUGAUCCUGUGCGCUUUACUAAUCUGCUUCCAAAGUUUGUCUCUGUUUCCAACAAGGGACAUUCAAACUACAUCACUCAGCUUGUCCCUGCCAAUGAAGAAUUGGGAAAGGGUAAUAUAUCCCUUCAACUCAUGCGGGGAAACUUUCUAAGUGAAUCCAGUGUUGUCCAGUGGUGGACAGUGCAAGAGGAUUGCCAGGACAACUUUUUUCGAUCCCUGCCAUAUUUGGGUGACUGCAAGUUUCUACGCAUCUAUACCUUCAGUGACAAAACUUUUCCUUCAUCUCUCAGUUGGUUGUCAGCUGGAGGGAUCAUCGGGAUGUACAUGUCCCUUGUCUUAGUGGCUUCCAAGGUGGUGAGGACGUACUUCUCUGGAAUAUCUUAUCAAAUCAUGUUUGAUGAUCUUCCAUAUGUAGAUAGGAUUCUCAAGCUGUGCCUUGACAUUUAUCUGGUGCGUGAGAGUGGAGAACUUGCUCUGGAAGAAGAUUUAUUUGCUAAACUCAUAUUCCUCUAUCGAUCUCCUGAAACCCUCAUCAAAUGGACAAGAUAUCCCUCCAAUAGAGUUGAAAAUCCACAGUGAUCUUUCAAACCAUAGAAGAAUAGGUAUUGUAAAAUGUGCUGCUUCAGCUCAUUUCCAUUACCUCUGCACAUUUCCCAUCUGCCCUUGCUUAGCUCUCUGAUUGCAUGUCAUCUGUGAUGCUCCCAAAGUGCCUGUGCCAUGGUUGUGGAUUGAUUUUCGUUUUUUCCCCCCUUGAUUUUGGAGAAGUUGCAUUGCCCCACUGAGACAAGAGGCAUGUGGGAAGGUUACAGACUUAGAUCAAGCUAUGUCCUGUCACAUCAUGAUGCUUCAUAUUUAUGUAUAAGCAAAUGAAUUCAUUGUUUAUAAUGCUGCCCAGUUCAGGGUUGCACUUUUGUGGAAAUGUGAGCCACUCCCACCUGUCAGCCUUCAACUUGGCUUUUUAUUAUGAAAUCAGUGGCCUUGGGAAGAAUCAGUGGACAGUUAUUCAGAAUUCAGCAUCUGGCAUUCAUUUCCCCCUUCUAGAGCUGCUGCUCUUUGGGACUCAGUUGACAGAAGACAUGACAUUUUCUUUCUCCCUGUUGUAGGCUUCAGACAAGGUAGUCUGAGGCAAUAGAAAAUGUACUGUUUCACAGCUUGACUGUUUCUCUGUGACUUAUUAUAGUGGUGGCUGUAUCUUUGUAGACAUUCUCAUUGGGCAUUGUUCUAUCUGUGCCAAGAUGAAGUGAUUCUCUAGUCACAAACCCAUUCUAGAAACCUUUUAAGAAAUUUAAACUUUUCAGCUACAUUUGUGCCCAAUAUGUAGCACUGUACUGUAUGUGUGUCUGGUUGAAGUUUCAAGAUGCAAUAUCCUCAC